UCACACUGCUGCUGGUUCCAUUUUGUCAUAGGUGCUGGCAGAUUACGGGCCUCCCAUUGCUGCUGCCAGGCCUGUAAUCUGCCAUGGGCCCCCGUACCGCCUCCUCAUGCUGCUGCCAGGUCCACAGUGUCUCAUGGGUCCCUGUACGGCCUCACCAUUGCUCUGUCUCCAUCGCCACACUCUGCCAUGUGCCCACUUUCAGGUCUCCUCACACUGCUGGUGGAUUCCAUUUUGUCAUAGGUGCUGGCAGAUUACGAGCCCUCCCAUAGCUCUGCUGCCACGGGCCACUAAUCUGCCAUAGGCCCCUGUACCGCCUCCUCAUGCUGCUGCCAGGCCCCUAAUCUGCCAUGGGCCCCUGUACCGCCCUCCUCAUGCUGCUGCUAGGUCCAGAGUGUCAGUCAUGGGUCCCUGUACGGCCUCCCAUUGCUGCUGUCUCCAUCGCCACACUCUGCCAUGUGCCACUUUCAGGUCUCCUCACACUGCUGGUGGGUUUCCAUGUUUUGUCAUAGGGUGCUGCAGAUUACAAAGGGGGGGCCUCCAUUGCUGCUUGCCAGGGCCCGUAAUCUGCCAUGGGCCCCCGUACCUACCGCCUACUCCUCAUCGCUGCUGCCAAGUCCAGUAAUCUCCUCAUGGGUCCCUGUACGCCGUCGCUUGCUGGCAUAUUCCAUCGCCACAUGCUCCUGCUCCUGCUACUCACUCUUCAGGAUUCCGUCAGCACACUUUCUUGGAAUCCGUUUCCAAGAGACAUCAAGUUUGCGGCAUACGCAGUGCUGUGCA